AGACAAGGCAAUUUAACGUCUCAUCAAGGAAGUGUCUUUUAUUCCUCGGAAACAAUAAUGGCUGCUGCCCAACGAGUCUGUUGUUUUCUGCGCGCUGCAGUCGACAUUGGAGGGUCACCGAUGUGUCAGUCGUCGUCCUGAAGCCUCCAUUUCCUCCGUUCCUUCCCUGGCCUGGCUGCUUACCCACAAUGCACUGCCAGAGGGCUUUGUGUGUCUCAGACAGACCAGUGUAACCAUUGCUGCUGCCGCUUCACCAACUGGUCCACAUCACAGCAACACAGCAGGAAGGUCCCGUCCUGGUCGAUUCAUUGUCUUACUGAAAUCAUGUCUGGCUCAGGGGACUUACCAGCCAUAGAGGGCUCUGGGAUGGGCGGGAUGAAGCUUCCCAUCGGGAUGACCCGACGAGCCCUCAGCUACGACGAUAACCUGGAGGCCCCCAUGUCCACGCCCCCCCACGACAUCAGCAUCAACAACCUGUGGAGACGACCAGUCAUACCAGAAAGGAGGUUCACACACCUGGCUGAGGAGGAUGAGAGUGGUGCUGUGAGUCAGUCUGCGGCCCCAGACAGCGGCCCCUCCAGGUCACCUGGUGUAGUGAAAACCAAGGCCUCCUCCGUCAUCAUGAACUCCCUCAUCACCAAGCACACUCAGGACAGUAUGUACAAGUUUGAGCAGAGGGCGGGGCUUACUGACACCAGCUACACGCCCCACAAAGGCCUCACAGCUGAAGAGACCAGACACCACCACCGCAUUCCCGAAUCCCUGCAUAAACUGCAGAUCCAGAGCAUGGAGUCUAGGGAAGAGCGGCUGAGCUCCUCCACCCAGUCCACUCCGUCCAACACACCACACAGCUCCCCAAAACAACAGCGCAGGAACUGGUUCAGCAGUACAGGUUCAGAGAUCAGCAUGAGCUCCUCCAACAGCAGUGUGGACAUGGGAGAGGCGGCAGCAGGUGGAGUAGGAGGGCCAGUGGAGCGUUGGAACGCCUUUGGGCCGCGGCCGCUCGUCCAGAAGUCCACCUCUGACCUGGGAUCAGACCCUUCGACCGCAGCAGGCUUUGCUCUGCAGGCAUAUCGCGGUGCCCAGAAGCCGACCCCCAUGGAGGUGAUGAAGUCCCAGGCCACACGGCUGGCUGACAAUCCUGCCAUUCAGGCGGCAGCCCCUCCCAAGAUGGAGAUCCCCACAGUGGAGGGUCGACGUCAGGGAGCGCGACCACACAAACUGAAACCCAGAGACAUGAACAUCCUGACGCCCUCUGGCUUCUGAGAGGACACGUGACAUCAGAGCUGCACGUCCCUCAGACACUGAAGGUCUUGUGAAGUUGAAAACGUUUCUGACAUGCUGUCACACGUAUUGCUACUGUUAAAAUGCGUAGAAAGUCCAUUUGAUUCAUCUCUUGGUCAAAAUCGUUCAGUCUUCGUUUCAUUUUAGAUGUUAGCAUUUCUUAGCUGUUACAGUAAUGUGAUCAUAGAUUUCUGGGUGAGCACUUGACCCCCACUUUGAUCAACGUUAUUCACACUAACAACACAGUAUCUGACCUCCAUGGUGCCAGUCAGGAUUUCCCUCAUUCUGGUCCUCCUCUUGAGAAACUGACAGUUAUGGAGGGGAGCAGUUAGUAUUCCAUCCAUCCAUCAGUCCUUUUAAUGUA